ACGCGGUUCAGUUCAGUUGUCUCUAAUGAUUGGCGUGGUUUUCGCGUAUUUUUCGGCUCAAUCCAGGAAGGAUUUUUUUAUUUUUUAUUUGUCUCAUUUGUGGCGACUUGUUGUGAUUUCCGAUUGCGAGUGAAGAAAGCGAACCGGUUUAUCGGGGCAAAGAGCUUAUCGGGAGUUCUGUUUGUUGACAACGUGCGGUUGCCGGGAGAAAUUUGUCAGUGUUCUUUCUAGUUAGUGCAUAACAAGCAUCCAGAAAGUGUAUAGAAAUCCCAGCCAAAACCGGUGCUGCACAAAGGCACCCGAUGAGCAGUUGUAGGCGAUGCUACUAUCCGUCGCCGUCAUCGUCGCCGUCGUACCCCUAGUACACCCACCACAAUGAAUCCGACCCAGUACGGUAAGGAUCCCGUCAGCAUCCACGACCUACGGCGAGAUGAGAACCCGGUUGGGCAGGCCAACCCCCUGUCGCGGUUCACCUUCUGGUGGCUGCGGGACCUCUUUCGCACCGGACUGGAACGGCCCAUUGACGAGUCCGAUAUCUACGAACCGCUCUCGUCGCACCAGAGCGAACAGCUGACCUAUCGGUUCGAGGACUGUUGGAAGCGGCAGCUGAAGCGAGAUAAACCGAGCUUUUUGGCCGUCAUUCGGGUGAUUUACGGAUGGACCAUUCUGUCGAAGGGAUUCCUGUAUACGUCGGUGGAUUCUUUUUCGAGGAUUUUCCAGCCCCUCUGUCUCGGAGGGUUGGUUUCGUACUUUGCCCCGGGGCAGACCACCAUCGGCAAGGAGGCAGCCUACGGUUAUGCGGCGGGGAUUGUGCUUUGUUCGCUACUGCCGGUGAUGAUCUUCCAUCAUUACAUUCUGUACAUCUUUCAAAUCGGCAUGAAGAUACGGGUGGCAUGCUGUUCGCUGCUGUACAAGAAGGCCCUCCGGAUCACCAAGGCGGCCGGCACCGACGGACUCACCGGACAGGUGAUCAAUCUGAUGUCCAACGAUGUGGCCAAGUUUGACACGGCCGUCGGUUUCGUGCAGGACAUCUGGAAGGGGCCCAUCGAGCUGCUGGUGCUCGGCUUCUUCAUCUACCGGGAGAUUGGCUUCGCCGGCCUGAUUGGCAUCGCAUUCCUGCUGAGCUUCAUUCCGCUGCAAGCAUGGGUCGGCAAAAAGGCUGCCUCCUUCAGAUUGAAAACGGCCACCCGCACGGACCGGCGGGUACGCUUCAUGAACGAAAUCAUCCAGGGCAUCCAGGUGAUCAAGAUGUACGCCUGGGAGCCGAGCUUCGGCCGCAUGGUGGACCAAAUCCGGCGCCGGGAGAUCCGUGGCAUUCGGGGCACGCUCUUCAUCCGGGCCGGGCUACUGUCGUUCAAUCUGGUCUCGCGGCUGUCCAUCUUCCUCAGCUUGGUCGGGUAUUGCUACUUCGGCAAUGUGUUCACCGCCAAGAAGGUGUUCAUCGUGACGUCCUACUUCAAUCUGCUGUACAGCUCGAUGCUGCACUUUUGGCCCCUGGCGUUGACGUCCGUGGCCGAAGGAUUCAUCUCGAUACGGCGCAUUGAGGAGUUUCUGCUGCUUCCGGAGCGGAAGAUGGCCGGGAUGUUGCCGGAUAAGGGGGUCGCCGCCACUAAUGGGCACUCGACGCCGGCCAGCGGCGGCGCCGAAGGAGAUGAGAGCGAAAUUAAGCUAAUGGAAAACGUGAAAAUGACUAACGGCGGUGGACAGAAGGACGAAGGGGAAAAGGUUUCGCUAACUGCGGUCGGGAAGGUUCGCAGCAAACGGUUCGUGAAUAAGAAGGGUUUCGCCCGGAGGGGGAUUUUUAUGCGCAAUGGGACCGCCAGCUGGAACAAGGACGCCGCGGUGGGCGAGACGGAAGUGACGGGCAUCCGAGACAUCACUCUGACCGUGGAAAAAGGCAGCCUCUGUGCCGUGGUCGGCCUGGUUGGAAGCGGCAAGUCAACCCUACUGCAGGUAAUUCUGGGUGAACUAGAACUGGACGAAGGCCGUCUGGAGAUCAGCGGCGACAUCAGCUAUGCCCCGCAGGAACCGUGGCUCUUCGAGGGCUCCGUUAAGAACAACAUCGUCUUCAUCGAAGACUACAACGAAAAACGGUACCGAGAGGUGGUCAAGGUUUGCGCUUUGGAGCGAGACUUCCAACUGCUCCCGCUCGGGGAUGAAACCAUCGUUGGCGAGCGGGGAAUCAGCCUCAGUGGAGGGCAACGGGCUCGGAUCAGCUUGGCCCGAGCAAUCUACCGGAAGGCCGAAAUCUACCUGUUGGACGAUCCGCUCUCCGCCGUGGACACCCACGUGGGAAAGCACAUCUUCGAGCAGUGCAUCAAGGAGCACUUGAAGGAAAAAGUUUGCGUGCUGGUAACGCAUCAGCUCCAGUAUCUGAAGGACGUCGAGCACAUUGUCCUGAUGGAGGGGGGCGUGGCGCUGGCCCAGGGCCCCUAUCGCACUCUGGAGCAAGCCAACGCGUAUCCCAUGCUGGCGGCACUCGUACACGAACAGGAGGUCCAAGAGCAGCUGGAGAAGGAACAACUGCCCCCGGUGGAGGACAUUCUGGACAGCGAAGCUGGUGCAGAGGAUGGAGUGGGACCGUUGUCGUCGUCGUCGGUCAGUGGAUCCGGAACGGGGACGACCACAACGCCGGGCAGUGAAGGGGAGUCGCCCAUCACCCCGGUUGGUUCGGUCGUCAGCGCCGCAGCUGCCAUGGCCAGAUACCGCAGAAAUUCGACCACCAGCCCGAUCGUGAUGCCACCAGCUCACCGCAUGGCCCACUCGCACCAAUCCCUGUACCAGCCGUCACCCUUCUCCUCCUGCAGUAUGGUCUUCGAUGGAUUCGACGACGGGUUCGACGAUGGAUAUGGUGGCGGCCCAACGACGACCGGAUAUAGCCGGAGAAAAAGGCGUCAAACUUCACCGGUGGGAUCCGGAAUGUCGCAAGCUGGUACCGGGGGGUCAAGUGGUGGGACCGGGACGACCGUUCCAGGUGCCAAUGGAGGGAAAGGCGGGCCGGUUAAUAGGGGAGAAGCGCAAAUUGCCGGCACGAUUGGAUUUUCCGUGUACAAGAGCUACUUCAAAGCGGUGGAAAGUGGGCUGCUGCUGGUGACGGUUGCGGUGUUGUUCCUGCUGGCGCAGAGCACCAUGAGCGGUAUCGAUUACUUCAUCUCGCAGUGGGUCAACCAGGAGGAAUUCCUCAGCCAAAACGCCUCCACCGCAGCCCCCGUCGCCACCUCCAACGGCACCGAACAGACGGCGACGCCGGUCCGGUCCAAGCUGGAGGGAACCAUCUUUGCCGCCCUGACCCGCGAGCAGUAUCUGCUAAUCUACUCCGGUGCGAUGGGAGUGAUGCUGUGCCUGUCGCUCAACCGGUCGUUCUCGUUUUUCUACCUCUGCCUGAGGGCUUCGAUCCGGCUGCACGACCAGCUGUUCCGGGGCAUCACCCGGGCCACCAUGUUCUUCUUCAAUACUAAUCCGUCGGGAAGGAUUCUUAAUCGGUUUUCCAGAGAUAUUGGGUGUAUAGAUAUCUUCCUGCCGUCGGCCAUGAUGGAUUGCAUACUGUUCUUCGUGGAAUUCACCGCCAUCAUCAGUUUGGUGGCCAUCGUCAAUUACUGGUUGCUGCUACCCACGGCCAUCAUGGGAGUGCUGUUCUACGGUCUGCGCCACAUCUAUACCAACACGGCACGCAGUAUCAAACGGGUGGAAGCACUGACCCGCAGUCCCAUCUUCUCGCACGCCAACGCGUCCUUCCAGGGGCUGACGACGAUUCGGGCCUUCGGGGCGGAGAAAAUCCUAGCGUACGAGUUCGAUAAGCAUCAGGAUCUUAACACCUCGGCGUGGUAUCUGUUUCUGGCGACGACGCGGGCCUUCGCCCUCUGGCUGGAGCUAGUUUGCGUGCUGUACAUCGCUGUGGUCACGUUCAGCUUUUUGGUGAUGGAGAACACCAUGAGCGGCAACGUCGGCCUUGCCAUCACCCAGGUGUUCAACUUGAUCUUCAUGUGCCAGUGGGGCAUGCGUCAAACGGCAGAGCUGGAGAACCAAAUGACCUCGGUGGAGCGGGUGGUCGAGUACGCCGAAGUCGAACCGGAACCCCCACUGGAAACGGUAGACCCCCAGAAGAAACCCCCCGACGAUUGGCCCUUCAAGGGUUCGAUCAAGUUUGAGUACUUCUGUCUGCGGUAUUCGCCGGGAAGUGAGCUGGUCCUGAAGGAUCUCAAUUUGGCGAUCGACGCCAAGGAAAAGGUUGGGAUCGUUGGACGAACUGGGGCUGGCAAGUCGUCGAUCAUCCAGGCUCUGUUCCGAUUGGCGGUCAACGAGGGGCUGAUCAAGAUCGAUGAAGUGGACAUAGGGGGCCUGGGGCUGCACGAUCUGCGGAAGAAGAUAUCGAUCAUACCGCAGGAUCCGAUUCUGUUUUCGGGCAAAGUUCGGGACAAUCUGGAUCCCUUUGGGCAGCAUUCGGACGAGGAGAUGUGGCGAUCGUUGGAGUUGGUGGAGCUGAAGAAGGUCGUCCAGCAGAUGGACGGAGGGCUGGACGCGAAGAUGUCCGACGGGGGAGCGAACUUCAGCAUGGGACAGCGACAGUUGGUGUGUUUGGCUAGGGCGAUCUUGAGGAACAAUAAGAUACUGAUUUUGGACGAAGCCACUGCCAACGUUGAUCCGGAAACUGACAAGCUGGUUCAGCGAACGAUACGGGACCAGUUUGGGGAGUGCACAGUACUUACGAUCGCUCACCGGCUGCACACGGUCAUGGACAGCGACCGAGUGUUGGUGAUGGACGCCGGCAAAGCCGUGGAGUUUGGACAUCCUCAUGAGCUGCUCAAGCAGCCGAAGGGAUUCCUGCGGAAGCUGGUGAACCAAACGGGUGAGUCGACGGCAGCUCAGCUGGCCGGUAUUGCUGAGAGGAAUUUCAAGAGACGUCGUGAGGUCAAGAGUUGAAUCGUGAGUUGGUAAGUGCUCGACAGUCGUUGGUGAAUCUCCGCAGUUGACAAUAGGCGCAUCACAAUUCACAAUAUGUGAGACACAUUGUGGCAGUAACACGUACAGGAAUAUAAGUUAGGUUCGUAAGGUGUGCAACGUACAAAGUUAAGAAUUUGAUUCCAAGCGUUUUGUUCCGAUAUUUCUAAGAAAUAAAUACCUAAGUUAAUUUUUA